AUGGUCGUCGCAAUCGUUACCGGGUCGUCGAGAGGAAUCGGGCGAGCAAUUGCCUUGCAACUCGCUGAUGAUGGCAUGGAUGUUGCUUUGAACGACGUCGAGGCUCAGCUUCCGCACCUUCAAGCCGUCAAGGCCGAGAUUGAGCAAAAGGGACGCAAAACAUCCACGUUUGUCGCCGAUGUCAGCAACGAAGACCAGGUCGAGAAGAUGGUGGCCGACGUGGUGUCUGAGUUUGGCGAGCUGAAUGUCAUGGUCGCCAAUGCCGGGGUGCUGGUGCCAAAGUCGAUCAUGGAAGUCAGUGUGGCGGAAUGGGACAGGGUUCAAUCGACCUCAGGUCACAGCGUUGCAUACUCGACGAGCAAGUGGGCUGUCCGGGGACUGACGCAGUCUGCCGCACUGGAGUUUGCCAAAUACGACAUCAACAUGUGGAAGCAGAUCGAUGCCAGCAUUGCGGAACGCGAAGGCCUCGAGCCCGGGGUGGCGUUCAAGAGAUCGAUCGAGUCUCGUACGGCACUCAAGCGCGCACAGGAACCCGCAGAUAUCGCCAACUUGGUCAGUUUCCUGGUCAGCAACAAGGCGAGGAACAUUACCGGGCAGAGCGUCCUGUGUGACGGAGGCCGCCUGGUCGAGAGGGUCUCGACGGUCGGCAAGGGAGGCGUGGGUCACCGACUCGAGACGAUAAAGGCCUCGAGGGACGGGAUCGCGUUGUCCACUCUCACCAGCAAGAUCGUCGUCCUCUUCACCCGGUUCUCCUCCUCCUCUUAUGUCGACCCCGAGGCCACCACCGGCGCGAGGAAUCCCUCUGGGAAUUUCUUUGCCCUCGUGGACUAA